AUGGGACUGAGUCAAUGCUCUGCUGCUGCUCUUUCUCAAUUGGAGUGUGCGGCAAUGGAGGGGAAUUCUGGUGGAGGUGGAGGUGGAGGUGGAGGUGGAGGAGUCGGAGGUGGAGGUGGUGGCAGUGGAGGAGGAGGAGGCGGGGGAGGAGGGAAUGACGUAGAACUCAUGUGCAAGACUCUACAAGUGGAACACAAGCUUUUCUAUUUCGAUCUAAAAGAGAAUCCUCGGGGUCGUUACUUGAAGAUAUCAGAGAAGACUUCAGCCACCAGGUCCACCAUCAUCGUCCCCUUCUCCGGGAUUUCUUGGUUCUUGGAUCUCUUCAAUUACUAUGUUAAUAAUUCUGCUGAUGAUCAGGACCUCUUCAGCAAGGAAUUGCAGCUCGACACCAAGGUUUUCUACUUUGACAUUGGCGAAAACAGAAGGGGCCGGUUCUUGAAGGUGUCUGAAGCUUCUGUCAGUAGAAACCGAAGUACUAUUAUUGUUCCUGCUGGAAGUUCACGGGAUGAAGGGUGGGCAGCCUUCAGGAACAUUUUGGCUGAGAUCAAUGAAGCGUCAAGACUUUUUAUGCUGCCCAAUCAGCAAAGUGCUGAAACUUCCGAGCGCCUUGUUGGACUUUCUGAUGAUGUAGGCGCUGGCUUCAUAUCUGGGCACAGUAGCCAACCUGCGCCUACUUCUGAACUGAAUGUAGACAGGUCAGUUGAACUGCCCCCACAGGAUGAAAUAGGUAAUCCGGGGGUUUCAAAGGUAAUCAGAGCUGAUCAGAAAAGAUUCUUCUUCGAUCUGGGUAGCAACAACAGAGGUCAUUUUCUGAGGAUUUCUGAGGUUGCAGGUAAUGAUAGGUCCUCCAUAAUUCUCCCACUUUCUGGGCUGAAGCAGUUUCAUGAGAUUGUGGGUCAUUUUGUGGAGAUAACCAAAGACCGAAUUGAAGGAAUGACGGGAGCUAAUGUUCGGACUGUAGAUCCCCCUCAAAGAUGA